GUGCAAUUGCAAAGAACAAUCAGCAACAGUCAGUUGCAUGUCAAAUUCGUUGCAAGGCAUUUGUAAUCAUUUAUAACGUUGGUGUGUAAAGAUCGAUUCAUUCUUUUAGAUGCAACACAUCUAAAUAUCAAAUGCAUAAAAGUGUACAUGUAUAAAAAAAGAUAUCUUUAAGAUAAUGAAAUAAUCUCUCAUAAAAAUACAAUAAACAAAACACAACAGUCUAUCCUGGAUAAUAUUAAGAGCAAGGCUUAUCCAACAAUUAAUGAAAAACAGUACAAUAUGGCUUCAGCAUCCAGUACAAGCGCACGUAGUUUGUUUAUUGAGUCGAAGAUGAGAUUGGCAGAUAGAGUGCAAGUUAAUGUCAACAAUAUUGCUUCACUUGCCAGGCAGAUACAACGAGGUUCCAGAAGUAAUGAAAUUUUGACGCAUGCAGCAAGGAAUUUUGCACAACAGGAGCAUGGAUUAGAAAUGAUAGAAUCCAAUUUGAAGAAACUUGCACUCAUUGCUACUCAUUUGGAAUAUCAAAUGGAUGCGAUUGAUAAAAGUUCGGCAAUGUUAGAAGAAGUUACUGAGCAAGUACGAUCUAUGCAACGAUAAUGUAGGAUAUACAUAUAUUUUAUGUUGUACAUAAGAGUUUUAUGCAAUGAAUAUCUGCAGGAUACAUAUAUUUAUAUAAACAAUAUUUAUGCAAAUGUUAUAUUGCAGGAUUGAUUAUUAAU